AUGGAAGACGACGACAUGGAUGGAUCGGUUGAUGGAGCCAUGUCCAAGCGUGCGUGCGAUAGUUGCCGUACGCGCAAGAUACGUUGCGAUAGAGGCGUGCCAUGUUCCAAUUGCAAGGCAAGCAAAUUGACUUGCAAAACAACUCCUCCCCAACAGAAAGCGCAACGACAAAGGGUCCACAUCUCUGAAGAAUACGAGAAGAAGAUUGAUCGGAUCGAGGACCGCUUAGCGAGUAUCGAAAACGUUCUUGCCAGCCUCGCAACGAAGCUCGGUAAUCUAGACCUUCAAAAAGAUUCCCAUGAAACCAGCAGCCAGUCGCGGUCGAGUAGGGUCGGUCCUUCCAGAAGUCCUGGAAGUUGUCUCGUGGAUGCCCCUACACCUGCGCCAUUCGAAGGCGAGAGCUCUAUCAACAGCCAGUCUGAUUAUGCUCGAGCGAUGUUGGCGCAAGCGAUUGGGAGCACGUCCUCUAUCGGCCAGAAUGAAGAAGUCAAAAUGGCGCUCACUGCUCUUGCGGAGAUGGUUUCCCAGCAGGGUCAAAAUAAUGCGUCUUCCAACCCCUUGAUCAACCACGCUCUUGCCGACAUUGACCCAGCCAAUCUAGAGCGUCCGCCGUGGGAUACAGUGUGCUAUGCUUUGGAAAAGGCUAGCGAAUAUCCAACUAUGGCCUUCGCGGUGGUGUUUCCAUUCUUGAGGAUGGCUAACCUCAAGGACAUCUUCUACGAAGCGUAUCAUAGCCCAGAAACCUGUAGCGCUGCUCGACGUGUGCUCACUUUCGGUGUUUUGGAAAAUGUAUUCAACGAAUUCCGCGUCUUUCCACUAGCCGGCAUGGACACUGCCAACUAUUACAUAUAUGCGACCAUCUGUAGGAGGCAGACAGAAGUGGCAUUGUCACAAUUGACUAUAUGCUUGCCAGCGAGCUAUGAGAAUAUCAUGGCCUUGGUACUUGGCGCAGCACAAGCGGUUGAGAUGUGCAAACCAUCCCUAUGUUGGACGAUGAUAUCGAGUGCAGCAGGCUUGUGUCAGAGCUUGGGUUAUCACCGCAUCAAUACCAUGGUCAACGACAAUCCUGAAGACCGACAGACGAAGAUCCAUGUUUUUUGGAUGAUAUAUAUGUUCGACAAAACCCUUUCGCUACGCCUGGGUCGCUCAAGUAUCCUCCAGGACUGGGACAUUUCGCUGCCAUUCGUUGUAUCGAGCGACCCCAACGACAAAAAUCCGGAAUCAAGCGCCAUGCUUUCGUACUGGAUCAAGGUCGCGCGAGUUCAGGGCCUGACCUACGAGAAAUUGUUCUGCCCUGCUGCCUUCUUGAAGACCACUGAAGAACGCACGCGCAUUGCCAUCGAGCUUGUCAAUGCUCUCAACCAAGCUUGGUACGAACGGGGAGAUGCUUCACUUGUAGAUUUCGUACAGUCAGGUAGUACAUUCAAUCUUGCUUCGCAACGGCCGAGCAUGAUAGGCCACACCCCAAAUGAGACACCACUCCCGUCUCAAUACAAGCGUUAUGUACACAAGUCACCUACCAUGGGACGUGAGCCAGGUAUCAGCGAGUAUAUCCAAGGCAAGUUUUACCAAAUCUGA